AUGGACUCGAGAAGGCUUCAGUCCCGCCGACCCAUCGAUGGGAAAGCCACCAUGAUCCAGGCUGCGUCCAGCAAUCCCGUCGUGACAGAGUCGACUGGUAUUAAACAACUUGGGAUGACCUCGCAUGUCAGUCAUGAUCCUGUUAGCAAUCCUCUGGCACUGCUUGUAGCUGCCUCCGGGGCCAUCCAGUCCGAAUCGAUAUCGGACACUCCAUUAUCCAACGUUGAACCGACAGAUGCAGGACCAUCACCGUCUUUGACGAGUAUCGGUGACAAGUUUCUUGAUCGGCCAGGAUACGUGUCACUAGGCAUACAACUGAGCAGAGAAUCGCUACAAAGUGGACUAGACGCCCUUUUUGCGGCCCCAACAAGUAAUCACAGAUACACUGAUUAUUUUUGCCCUCCUGAUGAUGGUCCGCCACGAGAUGUUGGGCCGGACCUGGACCCUGUUGAGUUAGGGCUAGUUUCAAUGGAGGAGGCUCACCACCUAUUUCCCAUUUACUUCAUGCGUUUACAUCCAGUCAAUGGUAUCCUCGACCCCAAAUUACACACCCCGGAGUAUGUGCGUUCUCAGUCAGCACUGCUGUUUACCUGGAUUCUCGCUCUCACAGCACAGUUCGACCAUGGGUCGGCGGCCAUUGCCAAGCGGCUACGUCUACAUGGUGAGAAAUUGUCCCGACAUGUUCAUACGUCCGGGUUCCAGUCCGUGGAAAUUGUUCAGGGGUACUACAUUUCACUCUUGUCAGCCACGCCAGCGAGAACGUUGUCGGAAGAACGAUCGUGGUUGUAUACCAUGCAUGCAUUUGGCGUAGCGGCGGAACUGGGGCUCGAUCAACCGUCCUAUACACACACUAUUGAUGACAACUAUACCCUCACGUGCACACCACGUGCACCCACUGACCAUGACAUCGAAGCCCAGACACACCUCGAGCGCCUAGUUCGCAAUCGGGAGAGAACGUGGCUGCGUAUCCUGCUCUGGGAGCGAGCAAACAGCGGCGCUUCUGGCCGAAUGAAUGUCAUCCCCGAAACCGAUCUCACCCGCAACAUCGAGCGUUGGUGGAUGCAUCCGCUCGCCGACUCGACGGACAAACACACCGUUGCCUUCAUUCUCCUCCGUGGCCACCUGGCAUUUUUACACGCGGAGCUACAGCGACAGAAAACAAUACUACAGGCCGAUCCACAUUGGGUGCGCGAUCUCAUCGAUGCCACUUUAGAACCGUGGCGGAAAACCUGGAUAUAUACCAUCGCCCCAUCUUCAGAGCCACUCCCAGAUGUGCACCUCCAUCAUGUAUAUCUCCAUAAUAGAUUAUGGACAUUAUCAUUCGCCCUACAGGCCGCUAUCGGUAACAACCAUGAUCUCAACGCUAUCCGCGAGGACUGUUUUCAGGCCGCGGUGCAUUGCUGCGAAGUCGCGGUGCGCGACCUUGAACGGGUCGGGGAACCGCUAUACUGUAUGCUUGCUCCUACCUGGGCGAUGAUCUCUUACGCAGCUAUUCUCGCUCUUAAGCUCUUCCCUUGUCUACAUGAUCCACGGCCGGGGUGCGAGAUAGAGCUUCUUGCACUACUGGCACAGGUUGCACUCCAGCUCAAACACGCCGGGACGACACCAUCACACCGAUUCGGAAUUGCCGCGAUAUUCGGACAGCAGUUGUUGAUAAUCUUGCGAACGCGUGCAGCCGGACUAGCCUCCACAACUCCUGUGGCAGAUACCUACCACGAUGUUAACGAUAGCGGCGUACGAAGUGGCUCAUAUCCCCUCCCAGGAGAACGAUCGUUAAAGGCCAAUGGAACAACGGGUGUGUCGCCGGAUACGCAUAUCCAGGAUCCGUUAGUAUCUCCAUAUGACCCCUACCUAACGACUCCUACGAUGGGAAUGGAUAGUGACCUCAUAAGCGGUGGGUUUGCGGAUUUAUUUCGCGAGAUAUUCGGCCCCAGCUUUGGUGAGGUUUUUUAG